AUGUGUGUGCCUUCCAAGCAAAAAAGUGAGCAGAAAAUACGCAGUGAUGAGAGGAUAAAAGCAAGUCGAGAUGAAGAGCGUGGAUGUAAUGGUGGUGGUAACUCGGGCAGUGUAGAAUCUGUGGUUUAUCCAGCCUCCGUCUUCAUAACUGGAGCUGACAGAGGGAUUGGAUUUGGUUUGGUGCAACAGUUUCUGAAUAUCAAAACGGUAGAACAUGUAAUAGCAGGAGCACUGGAUCCUGAUACUUCGAAGGACUUGCAUGGUAUAAGUGAUGACCGUUUGCAUGUCGUUAAAAUUGACGUUGAAGACGACCAGUCGAUUGUAGACGCUUGCGCUCAGGUGGAAGAGAUUGUGGGAGAACGUGGGCUGAACCUUCUUGUGAAUAAUGCUGGUGUGUUACCGACCUAUUUCACCAGCGGAACCAUUUCUAGGAAAAAAUUAGCGAAGUGUUUGAAUGUCAAUGUAAUGGGCACAAUUAUCGUUAGUCAGACUUUCUUACCUCUAUUGAAAAAGGCCUCCGCUCAUGUUUCUGAUGACCACUGGGGCAUUGAUCGUGCUGCAAUUGUAAAUAUAUCCAGCUAUUGGGGUUCAAUCAGUAGAAACGAAGACGGAUCAGGCGAACUGGGUGCGCUUGCCUACAGAAUCAGUAAGGCGGGUGUCAACCAACUUGGUAAGACAAUGGCUACUGAUCUAGCGACAGACAAAAUAAUUGUGACACAAUUUUGCCCAGGUUGGGUCAGAACUGCAAUGGGUAACAUGGAGGGACGAAAAGCUACCCUAACUGUAGAAGAAUCGACUUCAGCAUUGGUCAACUCGAUGUCAAAAUUGCGCAAGCAACAUAGUGGCGGAUUUUUCACUCGUCACCUGAAACCCAUUCCCUACUGAUUGAAACUCUCACACAUUGUAUAAUUAUGGCCUGUAAUAUUGUGUGUUAAUGAUCCCAGGAUUAUGGUUAAACGGAUUAACGAUGCGGUUACACUCAGCACGGAGAUAUUCACGAUAUAUCGUUGGCUAUCUAUGUUUCUAUGAAACGUUCUUGCUUUUGUGGACUUCUUUUUCGUUGUAAUAGAAUAGUUAAGGGAUACAGUUGUAAAACAUCUCACAAUCAUUUUUGCGAUUAUCCAUGACAGCCUCGACAUUUCGGAAGCAUGAAUUGCUACCAUUUCAGUUAUUUCUGGAGUCAUUUGCAAACUAUGGUUGUAUUCCACUCCAAAACGUAAUCUCUAUGGCGACUUUUCAAUCGACUUUUUUUCUGGUACCAUUCGUCUACAUUUUCCAUUUCGAGAAUUUUUAGCGUAUCCAUUCCAGCCGUCACUAUAUCACUGUCUUCUGCAAAAACCUUGCAGUCUUUUUCGCUAAUAAGAAUUCUAUGUGGUUCGAAAAGCGUUCUUUUUUAUCAACUGCAAUACCACGAAAUAUCGGGAUGCGGUGCGGAAAUGUAGAAAGUUCAUCACCUUACAGCAAAAGGUGUUCGUUUGCUUCCACAAUUGAGAUAUAUGCAUACUUUCAAUCUAUCCUGUGAUAAAUUCGUUUUCAAC